AUGUCGGUGUCUUCGACGAUCAAUGGAACAUUCCUGGCCGGUGCCAGCUGUACACUGGGUCAUCAUAUCGUCACUCCAUGGAUUGCUAAGAGCGAUUGUGACUAUCUGGUGGAUACUGGGAAGUUGCGAGGAAUGCAGAUUUUGGGAAUUAUCGGAAUCUCGGGACCAUCGGUUUUUAUGCAAGGAAUCAUAUUUGAGCGACUGAUCGCUCUUGCAAGAGCCAAGUUUUACGAGAAUUCAAUGUUUUUGGUUGGACCAAUUAUUGCGUUCGUUUCGUGCAUUGCUACCGGAGCUCUUGUUAUCUAUCUGUUUAUCGACGAAACUUUCACCGAACCCACAUUCUCCUACGUCCUCAUUCCAAGCACUUCUGGACCAAAGAUGAAUUAUUUGUGCUGGGGUCUUCUGAGCGCGAAUUUGAUCGAUUUGGUGGCCAAUUUGGCUAUGGAAAAGAUCAAUACUUGCAUCAGAAAGAGGUAA